AGCAGCGAAUCACAACUUCGGUACACAUGUGUGGUGACGAGAGACUCAGCCUCGUCGCCUGAAGUCGUUUAAGUCAAUGUAAAGCUGACAUUAAUAACAUUAAUAACUUAAACAUCGCUGAAUCUGAACCCGUGACGGCUGCGUGGACACGAUGGCGGAGAUCGUUCAGCAGCGGAUUGAGGAGAGAAUCCCUGAGCUAGAGCAGCUGGAGAGAGUGGGAUUGUUCACCAAGAAAGAAGUCAAAUCCAUAAUCAAGAGAGCGACAGCCCUGGAGUACAAGCUCCACAGGCUGAUCGUAAACAAAGAGGACUUCAUUGCAUACAUUCAGUACGAAAUCAACGUAUUAGAGCUGAUCAAGAAGAGAAGAGUGCACAUACACUACCAGUUCAAAAGAGAAGAGAUUGAGUUCCCUGUCAUCCAUAGAAUAAAUAGUAUCUUCAGAAGAGCAACAAAUAAGUGGAAGGAUGAUGUGCAGCUUUGGCUCUCACAUGUUGCUUUCUGUAAGAAAUGGGCCACCAAGGGACAGAUCAGCAAGGUGUUCUCAGCCAUGCUUGCCAUCCACCCUGACAAACCAGCUUUGUGGAUCAUGGCCGCCAAGAGUGAGUUGGAGGAUCGAAAUUCUUCUGAAAGUGCCAGACACCUGUUUCUGAGGGCUCUGCGCUUCCACCCAAACAACAAGAAGGUCUACCAGGAGUACUUCCGUAUGGAGCUGUUGCAUUGUGAGAAACUGAGGAAGCAGAAGAAAGAGCUGGAGACAGCGGAGAUGGACCUGGGUGAAUAUGAGUUCUCCCCAGAGAUCCUGAGUGGUAAACUGGCUGAGGUUGUGUACCGAGAUGCUACUGGAAAAAUCAAAGACGCAGAAUUUGUCAUCUCACUUCUGAACGUCGCAGCCAUCUUUGACUUCACUAAAGAACUUCAGGACUCCAUCCUGCAAGAUUUACAGACUAACUACACAGAGGACAGCUUGACAUGGGAUUUCAUGGCCAAGAGGGAGCUGGAGGCUCCCGGGGCAGGAGAGGAGCUGCAGACUGCCAAAGGCCGGGCCUCUGAUAUCAACCGCAGAGAGGAGCGCUGCUGCCAGGUCUAUGAGGAGGGUGUCAAGAGCCUCAACACUGAGCCCAUGUGGUCUUGCUAUGUGGCCUUCUGCUUGGAAAGGCUGAAAAGAAAGACCAACGUCCAAGAGCUGAAGGAACAGAGGCAAGAGAGGCUGCUGGGAGUGCUGCAGCGCGCCCACGACUCCUCACUGCUGAAGGAGGAUUAUUAUAAGAAAUGGCUGCAGAUCCUGCUCUCAUCUGAAGACCCUGAGGGAGCGGCCAGUGUUGCCAUGGCAGCCACGCAGCGGUACAGCCAGUCGGUGUCUGCAUGGAGCCUGAGUCUGAGGACGCUAAUGCAGCUGGGGAGCGGAGACAUGGGCAGGCUAUUCCAGGAUGCUCUCACACAUGUUAAUCCCAAGGAGAGUCUACCACUUUGGCAGCUGCAGGUCCAGUGGAGCGCAGCCAACCAGAGUCCUGAGGAAACGGAGGCCAUCUUCAAGAGAGGUCUGCUGUCUGCAGUAGCGGCUGUUGCCAUGGAGAUGAAAGAGAGCUACCUCGAUUGGUCCUACUCCACUGGAGGCUACAAGAAAGCUAGGAAGACCUUUACAAGCUUACAGGAAAACCGUCCCUUGUCCAAGGCCUUUUUCACCAGAAUGAUUCAGAUCGAGAAGGAACAAGAGACUCCAAAGAUGAACAAUCUGAGAGACUACUAUGAGAGGGCGCUACAGGAGUUUGGCACAACAGAUGACGAUCUGUGGCUGCAGUACAUCCAGGAGGAGCUGGGACCCCGCGGACAGCCGGAGAACUGUGGCAAGAUCCACUGGAGAGCCAUGAAGUUUCUGGAGGGGGAGAAUGUAGAGAGAUUCACUUCCAAAUAUACUCUGCUUCAGACUGGACACUUAUGAGUAGAUUACGCAAGGUCCAGGUACUCGAGCUCGAGGCCUGUUAGUUCAGAUACCAACAACCAAUGUUUUAACAACUGUGUAGAUGUUUGUCAGCUGAAGAUGUUGAAGCAGCUGUUCCUCUUGGUUCUGGUGAAGACUGGUGUUAUGCCUGCUCAUGAAUUUUUUUUAUUGCCUUCAAGUGGAAACCCAGCGUUGCAGUUUCUGAAGUUUACAGUCGAUUCUUCUUCAGUGGUUCUCCCAGUGUUCUCAGAAGUGUUCAAAGAUGAGAUUGAAAUUCCUCCGGUGAUUUUGGUUUUAUGCAGAACUAUUUUAUAGCUGCGCUUUACAACUCUAACCGACUUUCCUUUUUUUUUUUUAUACAACAGCAAUUUACCUGCAAGAAUUCCACAUUUAUUUGGCAUUUUGAGAAAACAACCUUGCUGUUAAAAUGAUAUUAAAACAAUGUUUCAUCCUUA